GGGGAGGAGACAACGAAGGGACAUCUUCUUGGAGGGCGGGAAGCUGAUCUCGGGGACUACAAUUCCCAGAAACCCCCGCGGCGAGAAUGCCUCUCUCCAUAUACAUACAUGAAUCAGCGUGGCAACCCGUGACAGGCAUCCUAUCUUUUCUGGAGGCUGUGCUUUCUAAUCACGCCCGCUUUUGGUCACUAUUUGGAGAGAUGACGCGGGAUAUAAAUAUAAUAAUGCCAUGAUAAUAACAGCAACCACUUCCGGAGGAGGGAAGUGGGAUUCCUCAAUGACGGCGGAGAGGAGGAAGUAACCGGGUUGUUGUGAGUUUUCCGGGCAGUAUGGCCGUGUUCCAGAAGCAUUCUCUCCUGACGUUUCGCCUGUAUCUGUGGCAGGCAUCAACCCCUGAACGCGCCUUGUGAAGAAGACUCUGUGGGAGAGCUUUGUCCCAGGGAUGCCUUAGGACUGAAAUGGAGGCUCACUGCAGUGACACGAACAAGGAAUAAGUAGGAGAGACAUAUUUCAAGCGACAUACUUGGAGGAAAGGAAGGAUUGUGCUGUUAAAAGAGGGCCUUGGGAAAGAAACCAGAAGACUAAGGCAAUACAGAUACAGAGAAGAGGAAAAGCGGUGCGGUUCGGGAGUUCAUUUCUGUGAACCUCAGGCAUAAUAUUUGAAUUUUUUAUAUUGUGUAAAUGCUAUUUUAGACUGUAAGUCGCUCGGAGCGACUAAGAAAUGAAGUGAAGUGAAUUAUAAAUAAAUAAAAAAUGGAAAAUUUCCAUCCCUGUUCCACAUCACAUACAGAGGAGGAGCUACAUAACUGUAUGGACUGUGGGAAAUGUUUCAUGGGGAGUAGUUCUCUUACUGAACAUCAAACUCAUACAGGAGAGAAGAAACCAUAUACAUGCAUGGAAUGUGGAAAGAGCUUCAGUCAAAGUGUACACCUGCGUCUCCAUCAAAGGACCCACACAGGGGAGAAGCCGUAUCAAUGCACGGAAUGUGGAAAGUGCUUCAGUCGGAUUGACAGUCUGCAUUCCCAUGAAAAGACCCACACGGGCGAGAAGCCGUAUCAAUGCAUAGAAUGUGGAAAGAGCUUCAGUUGGAGUGACGGUCUGCAUUCCCAUCAAAGGACUCACACGGGGGAGAAGCCGUAUCAAUGCAUGGAAUGUGGAAAAAGCUUCAGUCGGAGUGACGGUCUGCAUUCCCAUCAAAGAACUCAUACGGGGGAGAAGCCGUAUCAAUGCAUGGAAUGUGGAAAGAGCUUCAGUUGGAGUGGACAGCUGCGUUCCCAUCAAAGGACCCACACGGGGGAGAAGCCAUAUCAAUGCAUGGAAUGUGGAAAGAGUUUCAGUUACAGUGGACACCUGCAUUUCCAUCAAAGGACCCACACAGGGGAGAAGCCACAUCAGUGCAUGGAAUGUGGAAAGAGCUUCUGUCAGAGUGGACAGCUGCAUGCCCAUGAAAAGAUCCACACAGGGGAGAAGCCGUAUAAAUGCAUGGAAUGUGGAAAGAGCUUCAGUCACAGUGGAGAUCUGAGUACCCAUCAAAGGACCCACACAGAGGAAAAGCCGUAUCAGUGCAUGGAAUGUGGAAAGAGCUUCAGUCGGAGUCACAGUCUGCGUUACCAUCAAAGGACUCACACGGGGGAGAAGCCACAUCAAUGCAUGGACUGUGGAAAGAGAUUCAGUCAGAGUGGAAAUUUACGUUCCCAUCAAAGAAGCCACACAGGGGAGAAGCCAUAUCAAUGCAUGGACUGUGGAAAGAGCUUCAGUCAGAGAGGAAAUUUGCGUUUCCAUCAGAGGUCCCACAAACGGCUAGAGGAAGAGACCUACCUUUGAGGUUCCUAGUUCUGCUAAAAAAAAUUCCCCAGACAAGAGUUCCAUCCCUCCACAGGCAGGCAACUUUAUUUAUUUAUUUAUUUACAGCACUUAUAUUCUGCCCUUCUCAGCCUGAAGGGGACUCAAGGCAAAUCACAGAACACAUACACCGCAGACAUUCAAUGCCAUUAGACAUACAGGACAGACAGACAGAUAGAGGUGUUGAGACUCAGCCUGUGUGUGAACCUGAGCCUGAAUCUCUGAUUGUAUUGCCUAAUGCUGAUACAAAUGUUGAUGUUAAUGUUGAUGCUAAUGUUGAUGGGCCUAGUUUGAAUAGUGAGGCUGAAGUGAUCAAUGAGGACAAGGCUCAAGAUGGAGACACUUUGGGCAGUAAAAAUCCUACAGACUUUGAUUUAGAGACUUCAAGGGAAAAGCCAAGUUCUCAUGAGAAAGUUUCUGUCAGACCGAGAGAAGAAAAUUCACUCCCUUCUCCUUCUGGCCCAAGCUUGCAAGAUAACUUGACACCUGGUCGAGUCAAUGAUAACAGCCGCAGUUUGGAGAUAAGCCAGAACUGCAGGGAGGCUCAAUGUUUAUGUAGGUCCGAGAGAAUCCGACAACUGAAACCAAAGAUUAGAGUUAGCCGGAAUCAGUUUUUGGGAUUUAAGAGUGGCCGUAAGGGAGAUUUCCUCAGACCAAGCAUCGUUUAAUUUCAAGUACAAACCUCCUGGGUUUUCCAGUUUCCAGUGGUCUGGUCUCUAAAGGAAUUUCUGGCAUCAAGUGAGAUUUAGCAGGGGCUAAUCUGUUCAUGGAUUUCUAUUGAGAGUUUUCUAGACAUUGCUGCUUGGGAUUUUCUUCAAGCUUUCUGGACAUUGCUGUUUGCUGUUUCAUUUCGACUUUUUAACCUAUGGAUUUCUAUCUAUUUUAUAUUCAUCAAUCAAUAAAAAGAACUGGAUUUUUCCUAAACCAAGGUGUGGUGUAUUAAUGACAAGAGGGCCCUGUUUCCUGCUCUGGAGUGCAACAAGAAUUAUUUGUUGACUUUGGUGUCCUGGAGGUUAUGCUCAAUUCUGGCCACAGGGGGUUCUGUUGCUCCAUCUUCUAUGAAGACGAGCCUUUUAUGAUCACAGACUUUCUUCCUGUUCUUUGAUCGCCAGCUUCUUAAGGUGUUGUGAAAUGCCUCCCUGCUUAAGCGGUGCCUAAUUAAGCGGUGCUCACAGCUGUUUUCAAACUGCUUAGGUAGUACUCACCCCGACCCGGGCUUGAACUGCCAACCUUUCGGUUGUGAAGGAUCUAUUGCUGCUGGUGAUUAACCCAGCUGUGCUGGAAGCAAAGAGGAAGGCUGCCACCUUGUUCUCUGUCGUGGACAGGAGUCUGUGUGGCCUGGCUUGAUUGCUGCUGGGGCAAAUACCCACAGAGGAGGACUUCUCAGUAUAACAGCCAUUUUUGAAGGGUUUAACCUGACCUCUUCCUCCUCAAGGAGUGUAUCACAGACUUUGAGGAUGAUCUCUGACGGCUUGCUGAAAUGAGUAGAGAUGAGAUCUUAUGAUAAAAGGAUUCGGGAAAAGACUAGCUCUUUGGGAGCAGAUAACAGCGUACCUUCAUACUGUUGUUUUUAAUUUAUUUGCUUUUGGUUAAUUAUAAGCACAUUGCUAUUGUUAUAUUCA